AUGAUAAGGAUACUGAAAAAUGGCUCCAGAAGAUUUCAACAGUAAGUUACUUUAGCUUUUUUGUUGUUUUUUGUUUAGAUUUAACGGUUUACAAAAAACGGAUGGUAUUCUAGUUACCUAAAGUGUUUUAAAGUUACAUUAAAAUUCUUUCACCGAGACUUGGAUUUGUCUUUCACAAAAAUAUUGUUUUAGUGCAUUGUCAUCUUCACACACUCCGCGGAUGGAUUCAUACGGUCGGAAUCAAGAUAAAGUUUUUCACUAUAGUAUAGGAAGACAGCAUGGCUACGAUUUUACUGUUGAAGAGUUGGAGUUACUUGAUAGAUACGAGUUCAAUGGCAACAAACGGGUUCAUAAUAAUGUAAGUGAUGUCUUUGGCUCUGUCAAGCUAAUCGAAGCUGCCAUAGAAUUUGAAAAGCUUUUAAAAUUUACUCUAUAGUAUGUUGUAUCUUUGGCAAGACUAUUUUCACUAAUAUGGUAAGCUUUCAGACAUAUACAUCACUUCCAAUCGAAGUUAUCUAUAGCAAGCUAGAAGAAGGUCGGAUAAGGAAUCACUACGUGACGGCCGAGUUGUUUUAUGUUUAUAUUGUUGUUCCAUUACUUCAACAAGAUGGUAGGGCUUACUUUAAAACUUAUUUUGUUAUCUUUUUGUAAAGCAGCUUUUGGAGAUAAAUCAUUUAAGGAACUAUACCAAUAAGUUGAUGUGUAACAACGUUUUUUUUAUAAAAUUGAUUAUUCUGGACUCUAACUUGAUUAUUUUUCUUAUUAAUGUAUUCUAGAGGUCUUUGUUCGAUCCUUGAAAGCAAAUCAAGAGUUUUACAUCAAACGGUUUGUCGACUUUUGUGGCUCAGAAAUGAUGGACAUACCAGACAAAAAACGACAAAAAAUGUUGGACAAGCUAAUUGAAGGCCUAGAAUUAAAUAGUAAGCUAAUUUCUAUUUGCUAUUUCCCUCUAAACUUUAGGUAUAACCUAUGGCUUGCCUUCAAAUCCUCCGGAAACUUCAAUAUCAUCUCCAGAAGCAAUAUCAACAUCAGCAGAGCUCAGAAAUGGAAAAAUCUGCUUACAACUGGCUAAAGGCUGUGAUUUUCAAAGACUAAAGGAAGUGCUAAAGGAUAUAAUUGUCAAGUAUGAUGAUUCAGAACAUGUAAAUAUGGAUAUGAAAGUUUUCUUUGAUAUUAUCUAUGAACUGUCUGAUGUGAAUGCUGAAAAUAAACCGGAAAGGACAGAGAUUAUUGAGUUUGUAAGUAGAUUUUGGCUUGCUGUGAUUAUAGAUGGUAUAAAAAGUCAUAAGAAGGAGUGUUUGAGUAUGUUAUCGACCAGUCGAUUAUGAAAAAUUUCAAAGCUUAAAAUUUUAAAAACUUCAAAAACAAAAAUUUGCAGUUACUAGCCCACGCCCCACGUCAAGAAGGCUUCUUCAAGCUUCUCUCAGCUUCACUUCAUCGUCACAUCGCGAAUCAGAAGUUUGACGUCGCGUUGAUUCUUCUGAAGGAUUCAGCCAAGAUUCUGCACAUUCAUCGGAACCUGAACCGAGACCAAUUCAUUAAGCAGAAUGUUGGUAGACUAGCCAAAAAAUUGAUUCAUUCCACCGAAGACAUUGAUUUGGCGAAGGAAUUUGGUGACAAAAUUUAUGGAAUUUAUCAGGAAAGCUUUGGAUAUUACGAUGAGUUACUAUGGACAAUAUUGUUGAGCAACAGGUGGAAGAAUGAACCCAUGAAGAGGGUGGAGAUGUUAAAGGGGAUAGUUGAUAUUGUGGACGAAGGUAGAGAGAGGAUUCAGUUGGUCUAUCCGAUUUUGGCUGGGUAAGAAAUUUUAUGUCUUGUAAAGUUUUUGCCAUUUUACGUGUUGUAAAGAAAGUUCUUGCCAUUUAUCACCUUGUAAAGAAAGUUAUUGUCAUUUUAUGUUCUGUAAAGAAAGUUAUUGCCAUUUUGCGUUUUGUAAACAAAGUUUUUUUCAGAUGCACCGGCCACUCAAACGAAACUAAACUCAAUGUUCUAGCCGAGUUUCUGAAUCUUGGAUACACAGAAUACGAUCAUGUAGACGUAAAUAUACUAUGGAUCAACGUAAUACAUCCGUUACUAUGUAAGUAUUUUAAUAUAAUACUUCUUUGCUAUAUAGUAGAAAGCAAGAGUAGUUCUAUUACUAUGUAAACCUAAGAUAAGAUACUAUGUAAUAUGUGUAAAAAAUUUCAAUUUUAAGUAGAGAUUCAUCCAGAAAAUCGUAAAUUUUUUGACGAAAAACCAGCAAGUGCCCUGAGGGAAAAAUUGAAAAAACGGAUAGAAGAUGGAGGAAUUGGCACAGAAUUUAUCGACCAAUUGUUUCAGAAGAUUGGCCUGUGCAUCAGAAGUAAUUUUACGUUACAUGAUUCAAAUAGAUAUCAAAGGUAAGGAUAAUAUGACUGAUCUUGUCUUGAAUUAACGUUAAAACAUUCUUUUUAUACUUAAAAUUUUAUAAGUUUUGAUAUGAAUCAACCUUCUUAAAUUCAAAAUAUAGACAAGCUUUUCUUAGAUUAAAAGUAUGACAAACGGUUUCAGAGUUUUCCCUGAGCCCCGAGUCACCAAUACCUACAAAAAUAUCAAGUUUGAUCAAAAAACCUUCAGUCACUUGGUGUUUGGCGGAAAUUGUGACAAAAUUCUGAAUUUUCUGGAAAAAACUAAUGGAUUUUCAAAGGAUUUGAACAUGAACAAAGCUACAGAUCCAUUAAUUCAGGUGUUUUUGAAAAAUGGCACCAUGGAACAGGUCGACCAGCUCCUACUUUACUUGUAAGAAGUUAUGAAACAAGAUACUUUAUCGGAAAAUUGCUUAAUUAGGUUGUUAAAAAAUAGAAUGAUGAACCUAUAGUUAACAUUUGGAGUUGCUAGUUACUUUUUGCAAAGAUUUACGUUUAAAAAAUGGCAGUUUUUCUUAAUUUUUUCUCGAUUUUUAGACUUAAAAUCCCCAUUUACUCUCAAAUAAUCAAGACAUUUAGGUCCCUAAUCAACACACCAACUCAAAACAUCACCGACUAUGGCACCUGCCACUCUCCAGUCACAUCAGUUCACCUUCUCAACGUUCUGACCAAAAAAUCGACCACAACCCGCGACUUGGACCUAGUUGAAUAUGCGACAAAACUCAAAGACCUGUUCCCAACAAUUUUCGACCACAAGAAACAAUAUCGACAGACAAUAGGGGCCACUAGAAACUUGUUUCAAACCUUAUUGUCAGGCGACUUGAGUAUCAGCGAAUUUGAUAUUGCGGUGGAGUUGUUGGUCAAGUUGACAAAACUGAGUUUUGUGCUUUUGCAUGAAAAUGAGAGUAUUACCACUUUUAUUAUUAAUCGAGCUCUUUUUACGUGAGUUUUUAUUCCUAUAUUAGUUUUGUAAAAAUGGUUUUUAACGUUUUUAUCAUUUUCAAAGUUAAAAACAAAUGUUUUAAAAAAUUUUAAAAAUUCAAUGUCACCUCUUCAGAAUAGGCUGGACCCCAGCUGUAGCCACUUGGUUAACCCUCCAAAACACCCGCAACCUCAGCAACGCUCUCUUCGCCCUACUACAAUAUUGUAUAAAGACCAGGAAUGAAGACAGAUUCAAUUUUCUUCUCCACCAUGCCAGAACCAAUCUUACCGAGACCAAAAUUAAUGCUUAUUUAUCGACCGCCUAUGCCGCGCAAGGUAGACAACAAGAAGCCGCGAAUGUGAUAAAGAACGGUAAAAUAUGGACAGGGGAGGUGUUGAUGGCAUUGAGAUUGUGGAUGGCAUUACAUCCGAUGGAUACGAAUGUCAUUAGGUUUAUAGAGACAAUGUUGGUGCAUACGGACAUAUUACGAUGGGAAAGGUUACUAAAGAUGAUGGUGGAGGAGGUACAGAGGCGUUUAGGUAAGGAAACAGAAAUUGCUGCCUUUUUUUGUUUUGGAAAGAAAGUUGUUGCAAUUUCCAGCAAUGUGAAGAAAGUUAUUGCCAUUUAGAGGUAUGUAAAAAAAGUUUUUUUUCACAUUUUGUUUUGUAGGGAAAGUUCUUGCCAUUUUCAUGCACUGUAAAGAAAGUUGUUGCAAUUUCAAGCCAUGUAAAGAAAGUUAUUGCCAUUUUUCGCUCUGUAAAUAAAGUUCUUGCUAUUUUCAGCAUAUAAAAUGGACAUGACAGUGAACAGAGAAUUCCAAAGACUUGUCAAGACCUACAAUUUACCGGUGGUACCACAAGCUUCUACUAGCUGA